CGCCGUGUCGGGCGACGGCGAUGGACGAGCUUGACGACGAAACCCUCCAUGCGCUGUACAUUAGCAUGCACCAUCAAGUCGAAAACACAAAGCUUCGUAUCCCCGCGUCCAAAGUAGCGGCUCUUAUUGGCCUGCAUGAGUACGGGAAUCCCGUCGAAGACUUCCUCGAAAUGUUGUACCAGGGCUUGGACGACCUCUUGCAUCUCGAUGCGAGUGUACUUCACAUGGAAGUUACCACGAAAGAUGCCGAGCUCGACGCCUUGAUUCGGAAAUCCGGCGCCGACGCUGCAUUGAAUACAGUGUUGAAAUGGACCGCCGACACGCGGACGACUGCAAACGUGAACGAUGCGAUGAGUCUGUCGCAUAAGGUCCAGAACCAUGUCGACAAAGCGCGCAAGAAGCACAAGCUAACGAAAGAAGAGGGCCAGAAGCUACAGGAAGCGCUUGCGUCCAAGCUGCGGCAAAGCGUCGGCAAACGGAACGAGUCCCUCGCCAUUCAGCUAUAUGAGAACCAGCACGGCGUUGAGAUCCACUCGACCAACGACAAGCUCUACUUCCUCUACUUCCCCCACCCAGGGCAAGUAAAAGCGCUGACUUGUCCAUCGCCUUGUCCGUGUGACAAAGCAAAGGCGCUGGAAAACUUUAUCGAGCGCGCCGACAAAACGUCGCUCCAUCCAAGGACAGGGCAGCACUUUUCCGUGUGCGGCAUGGUGGAUGGAGUCGCCGAUGUCUUGCGCAUCGACGACGCCGACGAUUCGUGGACCACCGAGCGCAUCGUCGUGGAGGUCAAAAACCGGAUGGGUCGAUUCCGCGACCCCGUUCCAUUGCACGACGUGAUUCAAAUGGCAGUGUACAUGAAGAUGCUCGGCGUUCGGCAAGGCGACAUGGUCCAAUGCAUCCACCAAGCCGAGACACGCAUCCACGUCACGAGGGUAUCGCUCGAUGCCUAUCCAUUGACGUCGACGGCGGUCCUCGACUGCACUUGCUCCACGGACCUCUGGGUCUCCCUCGUCGUUCCCCGCUUGUACACGUACGCCGACGUCAUCUACGCCUUCCGCCUCGACUCCAGCCGCCGACGAGCAUUUCUCCAAGCGUCUCCCACCGACCAAAUGCGACUCUUACGCGCCGACUUGCCAUUCCUGUAGUGCAUCCCUUCCAUCCUGGCAUCGUGGGUCGAGUCCUCCACGUGCGUUUCCAGGGCGGUCCUGGUUGGGACGGCGCCGACCAGACGACGAGAUUGGCAUUCCCAUCGGCGCGCCAAGACCGUGGACGAUGGCGGAGGACAAUGUGAUUGUUUGUGUAUACAUUAGAUCAAACCGAUGUCGUCUAAAUAUCCCCGUCAUGCGUC